CGGAGCCGAUGCUGUUCCACACUGGCACAGCAAUUGCUUAGCUGCUGCUUUCCCUGCCUAUCCUUGUUCCGCUCUUUCUUCUUCUUCCCCCUCUUUCUCUCCUCUCUCCCUCUCUCUCUCCUCUUCUUUUUUCAUUUUGGCUUCUAUUCAAAUGUGGGUCAGGGGUGAGCGGCUCCCAACGUCACAAGCUUGCAAGAUGGCGCUGGGAGGAAGGCUGUGAGAUGAGGAACAGGCUGGUAUAAACCGAGAGGACAGGAGAGGGAGAGGAGGAGAGGGAAAGGGGAAGAAAAGCUGCUGCUCCAGAUGCAAUAAGAAGCGUCCCUGCUGGUUCUCCAUUCUGCAUCCGUGCAGCCACGUUCUAUUGAUGGCCUGUUGUGAUUUCAAUGGAACAUCAUGGGAUGUACCUGGCACGUCGGGCAGCACUGGAUGGAGGUGCCUUUAGCCCAAUGUACCUGGCAUGGUGGUAAGGUGAAGGUGAGAGGAAGAGAAGGUGGAGAUGGAACUGCCAAAUCAUGCCAAACAACUGCUACUGCAGCUGAACCAGCAACGAGCCAAAGGUUUCCUCUGUGAUGUGAUCAUUGUGGUAGAAAAUGCCCUGUUUCGUGCCCAUAAGAACAUCCUGGCAGCCAGCAGCAUGUAUUUCAAAUCCCUUGUCCUGCAUGACAACCUGAUAAACUUAGACACGGACAUGGUGAACCCCACCGUGUUCCGGCAGAUCUUGGACUUUAUUUAUACUGGUAAGCUCUUAACGACUGACCAGCCUGGUGAACAGAACUUUAACGCUCUCCUCACCGCAGCAAGCUACCUCCAACUGCACGACCUGGCAGCUCUCUGCAGAAAGAAGCUGAAGCGGAACGGCAAGUCCUUUGCUGGCAAGGCCGGUGGCCUUGGUGUCGGGAGAUCUGCCAGGAGUCAAAGACUUUCCACUGCUUCAGUCAUCCAAGCUCGCUAUUCAGGGUCAAACGAGGGGUUGAAGGGCUCGCACUCAAAAGAGCUGUCAAAGGGAAAGCUCUCUGAUGACGAGGUCUUCAUCAGCAGCUCCAACCAAGAGAACUGUCACUCCUUAAGCAGGGGAGCCAGCAAGAACGGCGGUGGGGGCGGCAGUGCCAACGGGAGCACUGGUGACCAGGAGCUCGGCCUCGACCUGUCCAAGAAAAGCCCAUCGCUCCCUGUUGCAGCCUCCCACGAUGACACGCAGCACAGCGAAAGCCAGCACGGCUCUCCCCAAUCUGCCUCAGCCCCUGCAGCCAACAGUGCCUCAUCGUUCGACGAGUCGGGGGUCGGAGCCCCCCACAGCAUGGCGGACAGCAGCGACCCCAUGGAGAUGGAUCUGAGCGAGGAGUGCCACCACGUCCUGACCGAGGGCAGCCAGCGCAAGGGCCUCCGGCACUCGUCCCGCAAGAAGGAGUGGAUCAAGAAAGACAACGCCUUUGACCGGAAGGAGGGGAGCAAAGACAGGGACGAGGGCGAAGGGCUGCCCAACGGUAUCCUGCUGGGGCCCUUGUCCAAGUCUGUGGAGAGGAGUCUGGCCGGGGCCUACGGCGCAGACCUGCCCUACCCCUGUAAGGAGGAGGUGGAAAAUGGUAAGGAGAACAGUGACGACAGCGGCCAGAGCGAGAGCGAGAGCGGCGGCCACACCAGUGCCAACUACGUCUACCGGCAGGAGGGGUUCGAGCCAGUGGCCUACGGUGACAACCUGUACGUCUGUAUCCCCUGCGGCAAAGGCUUCCCGAGCUCGGAGCAGCUCAACGCCCACGUGGAAACGCACACCGAGGAAGACCUUUACAUCAAGGAGGAAGGCACAUACGGCAGCAAGGAUGAAGCCGAGGAUUUGUCCAACCCCAAUCAAUCCUACGCUGCGGAGUCCCGGCCCUUCAAGUGCUCAGUGUGUGAGAAGAGCUACAAGGAUCCAGCCACGCUGCGGCAGCACGAGAAGACUCACUGGCUGACGCGGCCCUUCCCUUGCAACAUCUGCGGCAAGAUGUUCACGCAGCGGGGCACCAUGACACGGCACAUGCGCAGCCACUUGGGGCUCAAGCCCUUUGCCUGCGAGGAAUGUGGGAUGCGCUUUACCCGGCAGUACCGACUAACAGAGCAUAUGCGUGUCCACUCAGGAGAAAAACCUUACGAAUGUCAACUGUGUGGUGGGAAAUUCACCCAGCAGCGCAAUCUGAUCAGCCACCUGCGAAUGCAUACCUCUCCCACAUAAGCCAAAGACUCCAGAAUGAGCUUCGAGCCCAUCCGCAGUGAUUUACCUUUCUGUAGACUUGCUGCUUAAAA